UCUAGUGCUUAUGCGCUGAACACUAACAAGUCACAAAUAUUCACUCAAGGUCGGUAAGCCGGGUGAUGGUAUAAUCUAGGAUUCCAGAGUCUGGCUAGCGCAAAUCCGUAUUCUUCCAAUUUAUAUCGGAGAAAUUCCCCGAUUGUUAAUGUUGUUUUCUCCCCGAUUUCUUGCCUCGGUUCUAGAGGAUCUACCAAAUACUCCGUUCUACACAAAAACAUUUGAUCCUCCCUCUCUCCCACCCUCACUCUUGAAACUCUCACUCUUGAAACUCUCACUCUUGAAACUCUCACUCUUCAACCCCGGAAACACGGUUACUAAAGAGGACACCACUACAGCUAAACAAUGCCCUCCACCAUCACCACCACCGCAUCAAUCCCUCCCCCCAACCCGCUCAAAGCCUUCACCCAACUCUCCCCAUCCGUCUACAUCCACCGUCCAGCCGCCACCAACCUCAAAACCCCAGAGCAAAUCAUAAUCCUCGCCUUCUGGAUGAACGCGCACCCACGCACCCUCACCAAAUAUCUAACGACCUACAUGGACCUCUACCCGACCGCCACGAUCCUGUGCACGCUCUCGACCUCCCUGGAUUUUCUGGUACAUUUCACCGCCCGCACGCAGCACGCGCGCCUGCAACCCGCCGUCGCCGCUCUCCGGGCCGCCGCCGCCGCAACCAACCGGAGCGGCGGCUCCCACCCGCACGUCUACAUCCACAUGUUCUCGAACGGCGGCACCUUCACCGUCGCCAACCUGCUUGAGGCCUACCGGGCCGCCACGGGCCGCCCGCUGGCCGUCGAGGCCAUGCUCUACGACAGCGCCCCGGGCACGUCGACCUUCCGCGGCGGCAUGCGCGCGCUGGCCGUCGGGUUGCCCGGUAACCCGGUGCUGCGGGUGCUGGGGACGCUGGUGCUCGCGGGGAUCAUGGGGUGGUCCAUGUUGCUGGCGAUGGUGUGGCCGCGCGCUGAUGGAGUGAUGGUCGGGCGGCGGGGAACGCUGGAUGCGGGGUUGGUGGUGCGGGGGCGAGGAGGAAUUGGGGCAUCCCGCACGGCGGAGGCGGAGGCCGCGCCGAGGAGGUGCUAUUUGUACUCCGAGGGGGAUCGAGUGGUCGAUGCGAGGGAUGUGGAGAGGCAUGCUGAGGAGGUUGCGAGGCGCGGGUGGGAGGUCGAGAGGGUCAAGUUUGAUGGGUCGGCGCAUGUGUCGCAUAUGAGGACUGAUCCGGAGAGGUACUGGGGGGUCGUGAGGAGGUAUUUGGGCGGGGUUUAGGGAUAAGGGGUCAUACUCCGGGUGUAGUGGCUUGCUGAUGAUAGUGCCUUUGAAGGCGAAUGAGUGGGAUGCUAAUCUAUAUAUGCGUGUGUGUGUGUGUGUAUAGAUACUUUUUAGUCAAAACUGUUCUUUUCAAAUUCGACCGCAUCGCCGAGCGCUAUGCAUGCAAACGUUAUGU